AAUUGGAAGCCGUCUUGACAGCCGUCUUUCAGCCCAACACACCCACACUACUUUGGUCAACCAAUUCGCGGGAGUUGUCACAGCUGGACCGGUCGUCUGUUUGAAACUAGAUUAACACCAUAAACGGGAGAAGGGCAACCAUGUCUGAGAGAAAGGCAGUGAUCAAAAAUGCCGACAUGUCGGAGGACAUGCAGCAGGACGCCGUUGAGUGUGCUACGCAGGCCCUGGAGAAGUACAACAUCGAGAAAGACAUAGCUGCAUACAUCAAAAAGGAGUUUGACAAGAAAUACAAUCCAACCUGGCACUGCAUUGUUGGGAGGAACUUUGGCAGCUACGUGACUCAUGAGACCAAGCAUUUCAUCUACUUCUACUUGGGUCAGGUGGCCAUUCUGCUGUUCAAGUCCGGCUGAGGGAAUGCAUUUCCUGCCCCCAGUUGACCAUACAGUACUGACUGAUUCAACAAAGGCACUUAUCAUUCCUUGGCAAGGGGCCGCUGCCUUUUUUCUGUGCUGCUUUCUACUUGUUCGGUUGAGGAUGAAAAUGUGGCCAUGUUAAAGAUUUAAAAACAUUUGUUUGUGUUGUUACAUUAGAUGUCAUUUUUUAAAUUAAAACAUAGCCGUUGAGCUGCCUGGGUAA